ACCUUCUCCAGCUGCGCUAGUGUGCAUCCGUCGAAACAACAUCUCUGCUAUCAAUGGCACUGCGGGGAUAAUCGCGGACCGAAUUGCGGGACCAACACACCGCUAGCGAGACACCGCCCGCGGAGCUGCCUUACAAACAAGCGCGACGCCGUACGCUGGAAACAAUCGAUGAUUAGUACGUUUCCUUCCAUGGGCACAGACGGACGGCAUCAGUGAAGGGCGAACAAAGUCUCAAGUGUACACGCCAGAGGUCCGCGGUUGUUUUACUUCGCUGCAGGUCGUGUGUGGUGUGUGCCUGCGUGCGUGCGUGCGCGAUUGUGUCUACUCGCGUGUGUGUGUCACUUUAGGCAAGGAACCUGCCCUGGAACCAUCAACAAUAACAUCUCCAUAAUUCUCAUCUCCAGUCAUUCAGUGCAAUCAAACGAGAACGAGACCAGCGUUCAAACAAGAAAACACAUUCCAGCCGACUGUCACCGUCUGCCGAGGCUGUGCUGAUUACGGAGUAACAUACGUGCUUACUGCGGUGGGUGCUCCGGAAGCAGUGUGAAAUAGUGUGUGCCGCCCACGAGGGUGCAACGUGCGUGCGUGCAGGAGCAGACAACGGUUUGGAGACGGCAACGACGACGACGACAGUCUCACGAUGAAGCUAGAAUCACGACAAAUUACCGAGAAUCCGAUGCACAUAAAGCGGGCUUCCACGGAAAAGCUGCGGGAGAUCUUUAGCAAAUAUGCGACACAACAGAUCAACGGCGAACCGCACAUGACUAGCGCGGACUUCGUACGGAGCUUCCUGGGGCAGUCGUACAAUGAGGAAUCGAUCAAACUGAUCGCCGGCAUUGCCGACACCAGCAAGGACGGGCUCAUCUCGUUCGCCGAGUUUCAGGCGUUCGAGGGGCUGCUCUGCACGCCGGACGCCCUGUACAAAACCGCCUUCCAGCUGUUCGACCGUAACGGGAACGGCUCGGUCACGUACAGUGAGUUUGUCGAUGUUUUCAAAAAGACAGAUCUGCACGCUAAAAUCCCGUCCAAACUGGACGGCCCUUUCAUACAGCUCUACUUCGGCAAGGACCGGCAGCGUGUGAUCAAUUACGUCGAGUUCAGUCAGUUUUUGCAUGACUUCCACGAGGAGUGUGCGAUGGAGGCGUUCCGCUUGAAGGACACCUCCGGCUCCGGGUUUAUCUCGGCGCUCGACUUUCAGGACAUUAUGGUGAACGUGAAGAAGCACCUGCUGACCAGCGAGGUCCGGGAUAACUUGAUCGCGGUGACCGAGGGACAUAGAGUGAGCUUUCCCUAUUUUAUGGCAUUUAAUUCGCUGCUCAAUAACAUGGAGCUGAUCAAGCGCAUUUACCUGAACGCGACUGGCGGCAACCGACUGGAGCCGAUCACCAAGGACGAGCUGCUGCAUUCCGCGCAAACGAUGAGCCAAAUCACGCCGCUGGAAAUCGACAUCCUCUACCAGCUGACCGGGGUCAUCCACCAGACCGGAACAUCAAUUUGGCGGAGGCAUAGCAAAGCGGUAGAGAUGAAUAGACGGAUCGUGUACAACGAUCUGAGCAACAUUGCACCGGAACACUACAUAAAAAACAUAACCCAUCGACUAGCGGAAAUCAAGGCCGUCGAGUCGCCAGCCGAUCGAUCGAUCAUGAUACAGAUGCUGGAGAGCACGUACCGAUUUACGCUUGGUUCCGUUGCCGGCGCUGUCGGGGCAACGGCCGUGUAUCCGAUCGAUCUUGUAAAAACCCGCAUGCAAAACCAGCGUACCGGCUCGUUCAUUGGUGAGGUGGCCUACCGGAACUCGUGGGAUUGCUGCAAGAAGGUCAUACGCCAUGAAGGGUUCCUGGGGCUGUACCGCGGACUGGUUCCGCAGCUGAUGGGUGUUGCCCCGGAGAAGGCCAUCAAGCUGACAGUGAACGAUUUAGUGCGCGACAAGCUCACGGACAAACAGGGCAACAUUCCGCAAUGGGCCGAAGUGCUGGCAGGCGCUUGCGCCGGCGGAUCGCAAGUAAUCUUCACAAAUCCGCUGGAGAUAGUAAAAAUCCGACUGCAGGUUGCCGGUGAGAUUGCGGGUGGUGCGAAGGUCCGCGCGCUGAGCGUCGUCCGCGAGCUCGGCCUGUUCGGGCUGUACAAAGGAGCUCGGGCGUGCUUGCUACGUGACGUCCCGUUUUCCGCCAUCUACUUCCCGAUGUACGCGCACACGAAAGCCGCGUUCGCCGACGAUGAGGGCUAUAACCAUCCGUUGACGCUGCUCGCGGCAGGAGCUAUCGCCGGAAUACCGGCAGCGUCGCUCGUUACCCCCGCGGACGUUAUCAAGACGAGACUGCAGGUGGUCGCGCGCACUGGCCAGACGACCUACACCGGCGUGAUGGAUGCGGCGCGCAAGAUCAUGGCCGAGGAGGGACCGCGUGCCUUCUGGAAGGGAACCGUUGCGCGCGUGUUCCGGUCGUCACCGCAGUUUGGCGUGACGCUAGUUACGUACGAGCUGCUGCAGCGCAUGCUGUACGUGGACUUUGGUGGAUCUCGCCCAGCUGGUUCGGACGUGGCUAAAUCGAAGGUCGAUAUGGCGCAGGCCAAUCCGGACCACAUCGGAGGUUACCAGGCGGCCCUGCCUAUGCUGAACGGUAUAGAGACAAAGUUCGGGCUCAGCCUGCCGCGCUUCGGCACCAACGCAGUCCUGAACCGCCAAGCUUCCUGAUAAGCCACCACACACGGUUUGUGUGCGCUGUUAACGGCUGGAGCCAGCAGUAGUUAUUACUGCUACACGCUACUUUCACAGGCCCGAGGCUGGCAAACAACCGUCUGGAGGACAGGCAAACUUUUGUUUUACAUUAGGUUUUUAAUUUGAAAACGGCAACUAAGGCGAGCUCUAAACUACGAAUUUACGAAUUAGAUACAUCCAUACCCCACGCUGCUCCUAGACGACACACGUUCGCCUUCCCAACCCAUUGACCGGCCAGGCGUUUUCCAAUCACAAGCAAAAGGAAUGCUUUCGGUUCCACAUCAAUUCGUUGCCACCAACUGGUUUGUGCAAUAACAGCACCGCGUUCCUUACUAAAAAAUCCCGGGUUUCUUACGGUUUAGGUUUGCUACUCUGGCCGCUGGGUUUGGGAUACAAUAGCCAUCGGCUGCGAUACUACGCUUCUUGUAUUAACGUAAGCAACAUAACAAGCAAUAAUGGAAUUAAUGGACAAACAAACUAACUAACAAUCCACGAACUACAUGCAAGAGCAAACCUAUCACACCAAUCACACGCCACGUUCGUCGGUUGAACCGACUAAACUAAAGUGCAUUGCCACAAGUGUUAUCCGAUGCAGGACGCAGUUGUAGUGCAACAGAGAUAGAGUUAAAAAUAUGUACACAGACGUGUAACAAAAUGGUAAAAAAAAAACGGGAAUAAAACAGAAUCACCUCAUUUGCUGAAUAGUUUGAUAAGUAGACAAAAUAAAACAAAACAAAAUAAAGAUCCAACGAUUUC